UCCCCAAGCCUUCCCAAUCUUCACCAACACACCUCUCUCCCUCUCUCUCUCUCUCUCUCUCUACACACAGAAAGCUACAUACUUCUUCCCAACUCCUCAACCCAAAACCACCAUCAAAUCACCCAAUUGACACCUCCAAUGGCCAAACCCAACACCCUCUACCGUCUCACAUCAACCAUACUCAUCUUCCUCAUCAUAUCCCACUCCUCCUCUGCUCGACCAUUAAAUGGCCUCAACCCAUCCGCCCAAUUGCCGGAAAACCUCGCCCUUCCCGGCGAGCACCGCGGCGGUCCGUCGGAGAAAGAUUCCUCCCAACAAGUUUUCCCAUGCGAAAUGGAGUCCGACCAGAAUUCUGGUUCGGAAUUUGCCCCGGCAGCCAGGACCAGGCUCGGCGGACGGUACGGGCCCCUGUUUCUGAGUAUGCUUCCGAAAGGGUCGUCGAUCCCACCGUCUGGACCAAGCAAAGGAACCAAUGACGAGAACAACUAGAAGCAGAGUAAUGGAAUUACUAAUUUUCCAGUGUGUAAUUUAUAUGUUGUUGAUUCUUUUUUGUUACUGUUUUGGUUACUGGUGGUUUGCGUUUUAUACGAAGAAUGUAAAUACUAUUACAGAGGGGUUAGGAAGGUUUGAGUAUCACUUGAUUUUGAUAGAGAGUAAGAUUGGAAAAAUGAUUAUUCAUCAGUUAUAUGACAAUUCAAGGGUUGUUAUUUUU